UUGUGGUACUCUUUAAGCCAUAACAACAGAGAUAUUCGCAGUGUCGUCGGGCAAUAUUUUUAUCCUAGCCGGUAUUUUUUCGGCGUUUUUUUCUGUCGUUGCUUGUUUAUAGUUGUAUUUAAAAUGAAGCUUCAGUGUUUAGUCGUUGCUCUGUGCUUCGGCGUGGGUGUAAUGGCUGGGAAAUACUCUCGUGAAAUGAACGAGCAGAAGCCGAGCGGCAGUGAUGGGCAGCCGGCGGAGUUCAGGAUAUCUAAGCUGAACCAGGUGUGGGAGAAGGCUAAAAGGAUGCAGUUGUCCCCGGUGCGGCACGCUGAGCUGCACAGCGACCUGAAGAUCCAGGAGAAAGAUGAGCUGCAGUGGAAGAAGAUGAAGGUGGAGGGGCUGGAUGAAAACGGGGAGAAAGAGGCCCAGCUGCGACGUAACUUUAAUGUGAUCCUGGCCAAGUAUGGAAUGGAUGGGAAAAGAGACACUCGACCACUGGAGAGCAACUACCUGAAGGACCACAACACCAAUGAAGGAGAUAUAUUUGAUGAUCCCAGGCUGGACAAGCUCUGGAACAAGGCCAAGAGCUCGGGCAAGUUCUCCAGCGAGGAGUUGCUGAACCUGAAGAGGGAGUUCCAGCAUCACAAGGACAAGAUCCACGAGUACAACAUCCUCAUGGAUACCGUCAGCAGGACCGAGGAAAUACAUAAGAAUGUGAUCUCUCCCUUGGAGGGCGAUGCCAAAGAGAAUGUGCUGCACCAGAAGCACAUGGACCUGAAGCAGAAGAUGAGAGAUCUGAACCAGGGCUUCGAUCGCCUCCGUAAGCUCAGCCACGAGGGCUUCACUGAAGACAGCGAGUUUCGGGAGCCCCGUGUGAUUGAACUGUGGGAGGCUGCCAAGAGAGCCAACCUCAGCGAAGAUGAGCUGGACUCUCUCAAGGAGGAGCUGCAUCACUUCGAGACCAAGGUGGAGAAGCACAGCCACUACAAGGAGCAGCUGGAGCUUUCCCACCAGAAGCUGCGACACGUGGAGAGUUUGGGAGAUAAAGAGCACAUCAGGAAGAACCAGGAAAAGUACAACACACUUGCUGAGAAGACCAGGGAGAUGGGCUACAAGAUGAAGAAACAUAUGCAGGACUUGUCCAACAAGAUUUCUCGUCAGGGACUCCAGCACAAUGAGCUCUGAGAGGCUCGGAUCAUCACGUCUGUGCAGGUUGAAUGAACUGAAAUGAUUCCCUCCACCACCUCACGCCACAUACGCUAAGCUCUCCCAUUCCCCUUCAACUACUGUAAAAAAAAAAAAAAAUCAGUGUUUUCUACUUUUAUAGUGUUAUUA